GACAGACCACAGAUAAAACUGGUCUGUCUCUCUACUUUCAUCCACCGAGGUACCCUCCCUCCCCCCCUCUCUCUCUCUUACAUUAAUUUCUCUUUGUAGUCAAAUUCUUUUAGAUCUAAUGAUGUUUUUUUCGCUCGUUUUAACCCUUGAUCCGUGAUUUCAAAAUCAAGCUCAAUGCUCCAAAUCUUCUUUCAAGUCUUUCUAGCUUUGAAUUACAUGCGGUAGAUCUGCUAGUAUUCUGUUUGGAUCUUAGUAUUCUCAGCUGUGGUACUUCGUCCAACGUCUAGAUCUAGUCAAAUAUAUUUGCGUUUGGAGAAUUGGUAUGGAAUCGAGGGUUGUGAACGUAGACAAGGAAAAUGGUGAAGAUCUGUUGCAUUGGAGCAGGGUAUGUCGGUGGGCCUACAAUGGCUGUCAUCGCACUCAAGUGCCCGUCAAUUGAAGUGGUGGUUGUUGACAUCUGGGAACCUAGGAUUGCAGCCUGGAACAGUGACCAGCUCCCCAUCUAUGAGCCAGGCCUUUAUGAUGUGGUGAAGGAGUGCCGAGGCAGGAAUCUCUUCUUCAGCAAAGAUGUGGAGAAGCAUGUCGCAGAGGCUGAUAUAGUUUUUGUUUCGGUCAACACCCCUACCAAAACUCAAGGUCUUGGAGCGGGCAAAGCUGCAGAUCUGACGUACUGGGAGAGCGCAGCACGCACAAUUGCUGAUGUGUCCAAAUCUGACAAAAUCGUUGUUGAGAAAUCAACAGUCCCAGUUAAAACUGCCGAGGCAAUUGAAAAGAUCUUGACCCACAACAGUAAGGGGAUCAAAUUCCAGAUCCUCUCAAACCCUGAGUUCCUUGCAGAAGGAACUGCAAUCGGUGAUCUGUUUCAACCUGAUCGUGUCCUCAUUGGAGGGAGGGAAACCCCAGAAGGCCAGAAGGCAAUCCAAGCAUUGAAGGAUGUGUAUGCUCAUUGGGUUCCUGAAGACCGCAUCCUAACCACCAACCUUUGGUCUGCAGAGCUGUCCAAGCUUGCUGCCAAUGCCUUUUUGGCCCAAAGGAUUUCCUCCGUUAAUGCCAUGUCAGCACUCUGUGAGGCAACUGGGGCUGAUGUUGCCGAGGUGGCCUAUGCUGUUGGAAAGGAUUCAAGGAUUGGUCCCAAGUUCUUGAAUGCUAGUGUUGGUUUUGGUGGGUCCUGCUUCCAGAAGGAUAUUCUGAAUCUUGUUUACAUCUGCGAGUGCAAUGGCCUUCCAGAGGUGGCAGAGUACUGGAAACAAGUCAUCAAGAUCAAUGAUUACCAGAAGAGCCGAUUUGUGAACCGUGUUGUUUCAUCUAUGUUUAACACAGUCUCUCAAAAGAAGAUUGCCAUUUUAGGGUUCGCUUUCAAGAAGGAUACUGGCGACACUAGGGAGACCCCUGCCAUUGAUGUGUGCCAGGGACUGUUGGGAGACAAGGCUCUCUUGAGCAUAUAUGAUCCACAGGUCCAGAAAGAACAUAUUCAGAGGGAUCUUAUCAUGAAAAAGUUUGAUUGGGAUCAUCCUCUCCAUCUCCAGCCGAAGAGUGCCAGCUCUGCUGUUGAGCAAGUGACUGUUACUUCUGAUGCCUAUGAGGCAACAAAGGAAGCCCAUGGCGUUUGCAUCUUGACAGAGUGGGAUGAAUUCAAGACUCUUGAUUACAAGAAGAUAUAUGACAACAUGCAGAAACCAGCUUUUGUGUUUGAUGGAAGGAAUGUUGUGAAUGCAGAUAAGCUGAGGGAGAUUGGUUUCAUUGUGUACUCCAUUGGUAAGCCACUGGAUGCAUGGCUCAAGGACAUGCCUGCUAUCGCAUAAAGGGAGAUGCUGAUGGGUGGUUAGCUCAUGCUAUGGGCCAACCAAAUAUAGUUCGAGGCAGUGAAUCUGAUUCUUUACGGUUUUUUUUUUAUUUUUUAUUUUUAUUGUCAUUGUUUCUUGCUUUCAUCUAGUUCUGGGACAGUUUGCAUGCCUGCCAUGGUGAAAGUAAGAGGCUCUACAUUUUGCCUUACAUUGCGUUUCCCCACAUCACUGUCAUUUGGCACUCGUCUAGAAUACUUGAUUUGAUGUUUAUUUGGUUUAAAGUACUGUCAUAAAUGAGAUGCUGAAUUCCAUAAA